GAGAAAUGAUGUGGCAAAGUGCUUUCAUAUUGUUUGGCUCUUGCAUUUUGUUGGCCAUGGGGCAAACUUCUAAUUAUUGCGAUAAGGCAUUAUGCGGAACCUCCAAGAAUAUUGCCUGCAACAAUAAUGGAGCUUGGUCAUCGAAUUGUCCCAAAAGACCAGCACCAGUUGCAGUCACCUUCAAUGCGGCCGAAAAGGCAACCAUUUUGGAUAAGCAUAAUACGAUGAGAAAUACCUUGGCUAGCGGCAAAUUAUCCGGCUACAAGGCGGCCAAACGUAUGGCCACUAUGCGCUGGAACGACGAAUUGGCCAAACUGGCCGCCCUCAAUACAAAGCAGUGUGAGAUGAAGCACGACGAAUGCCGUAAUACGAAUCAAUUCCGUGCAAGUGGUCAGAAUAUUGCAUUCUUUGGCUAUUCCGGUACGGCCAAUUCAGGCAUCAGCAAUGCAUGGCUGGCCUCUACCAGCAUUGACAUGUGGUGGAAUGAAUACAAGGACUGCAAGCAGGCAUAUAUGGAUAAGUAUCCCUCCGGCUACAGUGGACCACAAAUUGGUCAUUUCACCGGCAUGAGCCUGGAGAAGAAUACGGAUAUGGGUUGCGCUGCCGCCAAGUAUGUUCAGAAUGGUUUCAACAUGUACCUAAUGACCUGCAAUUAUGCUACCACCAAUUAUGUGGGUCUACCUGUCUAUGAGAGCGGCACAGCAGCCUCCGGCUGCACCAAAGGAAAGAAUUAUAAAUAUACUUCCCUGUGCAGCGAAUCAGAAGUUUAUAAACUAUAAGAAAAUACAUAAUUGCAAAUGAGAAUACAACCGAA